CGCCCCAGUCUGCUGAACUACUUUGCUGGUUCCGCAAGUGGACGACCCUACUGUUCUGUUUUCAUCUGCUUCACCCAGCCUACAUCAACGUUGUUCAGGAGCGGCUGGUUUACUUCGCAGGAACUGAAAGUGUCCUCUAGUUAAUCUCGUAUUUAAAUGUGGGAUCGCAGCGCUUCAACUCGAAGUUCACAUCACGCCCGUUUUCCGUUUCCGCGAAGAAGAGAAGCUGGCUUGUCCUAGAUUGUGGAAUGUGACUGUUGGGACUUGCAGUCACUCAGCUUCCAGAUCAAGAGGGGGGUUGGGCAUGGAUUUCGGAUAAGACAACAUUCCAGUUCUUUCAAGAGCUCUGGCUGAUAAAUGAUAAACUACUAAGGCUGUGGAGCAGUGGGAACCAUGGAUAUAUUCUUUCGAGGAACCAUAACAAGUUCUCCUAUAAAAACCAGGAAUUCACCAAGAAUUCACCAGGAAUUGCCAUCCUACAGUUUCGACACAUCCCUACUUUCUGAUACUUCUUAUGAGUGUUUAUCCACCAACCCGGAAACUGGCGUAGUGCACCUGUGCCGUCGAAGUCCCCGUCUACUUGCAAAUGGCUAUUAUGUACUGACAGAAGAUAGUGUUGUUAGUGAUGACCAGGGUAACCUGACCCUCACUCCAACACAAACCAACAUUUCCUACAAAGAAAAUGUUGCUCGAAUUUUCCGUAGGAAGCGCAAAGCCAGAAGGUCUUUAGCCUCACUCUUCAGUGAUGUCAGCCAGUCCUUGCUCAGUGGAAGUAUUUUUGGUAGAGAUGGCAUCCUGUCCUCAGCUGAACUUUCAUCAUGUUUGGAUGUUAGCAGCAGCACUGAACAUGACACCUCUCUCCAUUUUACAUAUGAUCCUACAGACACCGUGCCUCGUAAAGAUAAAGAAAGCUGUUUAUCAGAGUCUUUUCCUGAAGAUUAUUCUGCUCCUGUUCUACCUAUUAAGUCACUGAACAGUUUGAUUGAUGUCCCACCACAAUCCAAAUGUUAUUGCACACCCACCAAUCCACCGUCAGAUGCAGUGUUUAGGAGAGCCUUCCUCGUCUUCUUCUUCACACUGGUUCUCUGUGCAAACAUAUUUUCCAGAUAUGUGUGCGGAGGAAUUGCUGUGGCAGUGGCUUCCCUUUUCCUUAUAUCAUCUAUAUGUGGCUCUAAGUCAGGAUUCGGACGCACAGUUCGGGCCAAAACAGAGGAUAUUACAUCAAGAAAUGAGUGAUGAUGAAACAUAAGCAGAGUCACAAACGAGCAGAAGUGGGUCAUUGAAUUCACAUCUCAUUAAACUUAAGUAUGUGCAAAUGUGUUUCCAUUCGCCCAACAGUAUUAGCUUUUUACCAUCUGUGAUCACUUGCCUUCGGAAGCUGUCUACUUAAUUAGUAUUUUGCAAGGUUGGGCUCUCAAAGGAGCACUCUAACCAGAAAGUACAGUAUGUUACAUAUGAAGUCACUUACUGUUAACUCUUGCACGCUUUUAUGUUGUGUAUUUUAGUAAUUUCACAGUGUAUCCACUGUAGAACCAAAUCUGACAAUAUGGUACAUUGAAAGAACAUGUAGCUAUGCAAUAGAAAUGUAAGUUAAAUAAGACUAUGUAUAAUGAAUAUAAAAGAGACUAUAAUGAUAUUUAUGUUAUAUUUAUAUUAUUAUUUGAGUGUGGGCCAGUAGCGUGGAAACCAUUUUAUUUAUAAUACAGUGUGUGGUCUAUUUUAUUCUGUACUAACAAUGGUGAUCAAGUUUAUAAAUUUAGUUGAGAAAUCUAAUCAGUACCUCUGUUGAAUUGAGCACACAGCACAAUGCCCUGAUUGGACUUUUAAACCAGACAUUAGUCAAUACACAGAUAAUUUUAUAUUUUUACAUUGGAAAAUAUUCUAUGAAAUAAGCAAUAUGAUAUAAAAAAAUAUAUUUAGUAAACAUUGGAGUUUAACUGAAAGUUGUAACAACACAGCAGCAAAAACACAUCUAUUAAAAGAGGAAAGAGGAGAUGUGAAAAGAUGCUCCCUAUUGAUCAUUAAGUGCCUUUGCUGUUGCAUCUUCAGGUACUCCGUGUCAUGGCUUUGUGACAUAGCUCAGAUUCAAAUCCAGAAGCCCUGCUGUAGGCUGCAUAUGCUUAGUGCAUUGCAAUGUUUUUAAUAAGUGCCAAAAUGCUGCGGAGUGAUAGUAGGCUUUAUUUAGAAGUUGACCUGGAUGUUCCAUUACAGUGUUUGGCCUUUUCUUGAAUGUUCAGCAGCUAGCUCUACAUGUACUGUAUAUUAUUGGCUAAUAUGAAUAACAGAAUUGUAUACAGAAUUGUCUGCCAAAUGCCUAAAUGUAAAUGUAUAUGAAUAAAAUCAUAGAACUGAA